GUAUGCAAGGAUGGUACUCGUUCUGUCGUACUACCUGUUAGCAGAAACCUACUCCUGUUAGAUGUUAGAUCUGGUACAUGGUAAAUCUGGAGAACUCUUCGAACAGGAGAACAUUAAUCUUGGUUUUGUGUUGCCGCGUUGUUGCUCGUUCAAUAUUUCCAUUUUUUUUAGUGAAUUAAAUUUUAUUGGGUAGUUUUGAUUUUCAAAAAAGUAUAGCUGUACCUAAGCUGAGAAUACCUACAGCAUGGCGACGAAUAUGUCCUAUAAUAUGGGGAAUAUGCCCAACGAUGAUUUCAGCAAUUUCACUAAUGCACCGGGAAUGACAAAUGCUUCGAAACUUCCGACUCAAACUGAAUUCACUUUUAAUCCGUUGGGAAUGAGAACUACAAAUACUGGAAAAAUCCUGAUUCCAACUGGAUCAACUCCUGGAUCACAUCUUUUUAAGGGAAGCAUCGCACAAAAUGUAUUUUACGUGGGCGGUGAAAAGUGUAAUUUCAUCAAAUGGUACACAGGUUGUAGCUUUAAUAACUAUUAUUCUACACGACAAACAUUCCUAUCAAACAAAUUCACUGUGGAUGGGGUUGAUGGAAAACCUCUUACGUGGUGUUUAGCACUUGUGCCAGCAGGAUUGAGCCACUCGAGCGAUCACUUUUAUUUAUUACCAUGUUUCUUGCCUGAAAAUGAUUGCAAGCAAGUUGUUGUGAAAAUUGAUUUAUUCGUUUUCGAUUCGAAUCCAAAUAAACAGUGUAAUGUCAACGUCAGUUCUGGAAACGUUUGUAGUUUCGACGCAACCGAUAAAAGUAGCUCGGUGUAUUUACUUUUCGAUGCGCGUAAACUGUCACAGCCAGAACCAAUACAGCCUGGACCUAAACCUGGACCUGGCCUGCAUCAUCAUCAUCAGCCUGGCCUGCCUCAGCCUGGCCUGCCUCAGCCUAGCGCAGUACCUGUAAUAACAACAUUGAUCGUCGGUUGUAACAUAACUCUAUGUUAUUUGCCCGAAGCUGAUAUCAGCAAUGAUUUGGGAAACUGGUUUAAAAAUCAGGAUUCUGACAUAUCACUGUUGUCGAACGAUGGUAAAGUUUGCGAAGCUCACAAGGGGAUGUUGGCCGCUCGUAGUUCGGUUUAUGCUGCGAUGUUCUCGAAUAUGAAAGAAACCGAACAACACGAGAUGAAAAUCGAAGAUAUGAAUGGAGCAGUAAUGGAAGAAAUGUUGCGUUACGUUUAUACCGGCAAACCGGAUAUGGAAAAAUUAAACAAUCUGGCUAAAGAUCUACUGCUGGCUGCUAAUAAAUACAAUCUGAAGGGUUUGAAGUACAUAUGUGAAAGCAAAUUCAUCUCCGAGUUGUCAGUUUCGAACGCUGUAGAAAUGUUGGAGUUUGCAGAAUUACAAACCGCGACUCGAUUGAAAUCCGCGGCCGUUAAUUUUAUUAUCACGAAAAAUACUCAAGUAAUUGGUACGGAAGCGUGGAAAAAUCUAGAACAGUCGAGUUUUGGUUUGGUUAAAUACAUACUCGAAGAGAUUUUAACUCGUCAAAAUAAUGUCAAACAAAAUUUACUCGAGUUGUAACUACCUAGAUAAUGAUUUUUUAAACCUAUUUUUAAUCUACCUAGACUAAGUAUAGGUAAUCGAUUUUUUUUUCUGUAGGUUUUUAUGAUUAUUUUGAAAUCGCUAUUGAUGUGAAAUAUACUUACCUACUUGAUGUAAAGUUGAGUUUCGUGGAAAUAAAACUUACUUACUUGAAAAUUAAACUAGAUA